AUGUCGAACUUCAUUACCAACCUUUUCCCCUCCACUCAGUCCGCACAAUCAGGAAAACACGAUGGGAUAUCACCAGUGCCUACGCCUCCUCUGCAAAGUCGUUCCAGCUAUAAUGACACUUUCGGUGAACGACCAAGUACUCCGAGUCAACACAACUUUAUAACCCCCGUUUCUACUCCACAAGGAAGUCCAAGCAAGAACCGCAAUCCUCCAGGAGCGCAUGAUCUACCAAACGCCUUCGAGAAUGCCAUGAAAAUCAAUCCUGUCUCGUUGGGAAGUCCUGCGAGAAGCAGUCGGCCGUUGACAGCAAAUUCCCCUGGAAAGCAGAAUUCUUUGGCCAUUGAUGAAUCCUAUUUCGCGAGUGCUGCUGGUGGCGUAGAUGAUAGCGUUGUACACAAAGCCGUAUCGCCAGGCAGUCCUCUUCGCAAAAAUGGUCAAGAAAACACCCCUCCUGCAUCGAGACAAGGAUUGGAGACAACUUCACAAAACCAGGCAGCGUUGUCUAGACAAGAGCUUUAUCAACCUAAAGAUCAAGGACCCGCGACUUCACGAACAGCUAAAUACAAUACACAAAGAGGGCUCACAGCGGAGGAGAGGGAAAUCUUGAACAAGCCAAACGUCAAACGACUCGCAAAUGUCACACAGUUAUAUUUCCUUGAUUACUAUUUUGAUCUUCUCACCUACGUCGGAACUCGACAGAAUCGACUCAAUCAAUUUCAAGCCCAAUAUCCUCCGCCGCCAGCCACAGAAGAAGUCACAUAUAAUGAAGUAUUCAAGAAAUACGCAGGCAGAGAACGCGCGAAUCUUCGAAAGCGUCGUGUCCGUCUUCGCCAGGGCGAUUUUCAAAUUCUUACACAAGUUGGACAGGGCGGGUAUGGACAGGUAUUUCUGGCUCAGAAGAAAGAUACUAGGGAGGUAUGCGCUUUGAAAGUGAUGAGCAAGAAGCUGCUGUUCAAGCUUGAUGAAGUCCGACAUGUUCUCACCGAACGUGAUAUUCUUACCAAUGCGAAGAGUGAAUGGCUGGUGCGCCUGCUAUACUCAUUCCAAGAUGACAAGAGUAUCUAUCUGGCGAUGGAAUAUGUUCCAGGUGGAGAUUUCAGAACUCUUCUAAAUAACACUGGAGUUCUUGCAAAUCGACAUGCACGCUUCUAUAUUGCCGAGAUGUUCUGCUCUGUGGACGCACUUCAUCAGCUCGGAUAUAUUCACAGAGAUCUAAAGCCAGAAAAUUUCCUCAUUGAUUCUACGGGACAUGUCAAACUCACUGACUUUGGACUUGCUGCUGGAUUUCUUGCACCCGGUAAAAUUGAAUCCAUGCGUGUAAAGCUCGAGAAGGUCGGUGAAACAUAUGUGCCUUUUGGCAAGCCGAUCGAACAACGAUCGAUUGCAGAACGUAGGGAAGGGUACAGAUCUAUGAGAGAACGAGAUGUCAAUUACGCCAAGUCCAUUGUUGGGUCGCCCGACUACAUGGCUCCAGAAGUGCUGAAAGGAGACGAGUACGAAUUUUCCGUGGAUUACUGGAGUCUCGGAUGUAUGCAUUUCGAGGCAUUGACCGGCUUCCCUCCAUUUGCUGGUGCUACAGUCGACGAAACCUGGAAGAACCUGAAGCAUUGGAGAGAAGUUUUAAAGCGUCCAGUCUGGGAAGAUCCAAAUUACUUCAUCAGCAACAGAACGUGGAACUUCAUCACGAGUUGUAUUAAUUCAAAAUCCAAGCGAUUUUCGUCUAUCAAAGAUGUUUACAGCCACCAGUACUUUGCCGAAGUUGAUUGGAAAACUCUUAGAACACAACGUGCACCUUUCGUCCCGGAACUCGACUCUGAGACAGAUGCAGGUUACUUUGAUGAUUUCAGCAGCGAAGCAGAUAUGGCGAAAUAUAAGGAGGUCCAUGAUAAACAAACGGCUCUCGAAAAUAUGGCUGAUAGAGAAGACCCAAUGAGCAAGAGUUUGUUCGUUGGGUUUACUUUCAGACAUCGCAAACCAACCACGGAAGACGGUGUCAAACAGAGCAGCCCGAGAAAGGGUAUCGCAACUGAUGGUACAUUCGGAACAAUGCUUUAA